AUGGCAUCGAUUUCGGCUAGCCCCCUAGAAGAUGACUCUAUGAAGAAAGAGGACGUUGAAUUUAUCCAUCUUGAGGAACAAGACUUGGCACAUCCAAAUUCCGGCAAUGAAUCCCCUGUGUAUGGUAUUGACGAGGCCCAUCAGAAAAGGGUUAUUCGACGCGUUGAUCUUCGUCUCCUCCCAAUCCUUGGACUCAUGUAUUCCAUAUCACUUAUUGAUAGGACAAACCUUGGUCUUGCAUUUGUAGCAGGGAUGGAGGAGGAUCUUGGACUUGACAUCGGCAACAGGUAUACGAUCGUUGUUAUGAAUCUCAUCCUUCCUCGAGCCGGCUGCACCUAUCUAAUUACAUGUUGGUACACGCGAUUUGAGGUUGGAAAGAGACUGGCCACUUUCUGGCUUGUUUCUGUUAUACUGAACGCCUUUGCUGCAAUUUUUGCUUAUGCCUUGACCCUGUUAGAUGGGAGCUAUGGUCUGAACGGAUGGCGCUGGAUUUUCAUCGUCGAGGGUGCCAUUACCAGUGGUAUCUGUUUGAUUGGCUGGUUCAUCAUCAUCGAUUUUCCAACUCAAGCAGAUACGUUUCUUGAGCCGGAGGAAAAGGAAUUCAUCGUCGCCCGCAUCAACAACGACAGCGGAGACGCAGAAGAGGAUCCAAUUACCAUGGAAAGGGUUCUUCAUCAUCUUAAAGACUGGAAGCUAUAUGUCUGGGCAUUCAAUCUCAUGGCAUCCACCCUUCCCGGAUAUGCGUAUAGCUACUUCAAGACAGUCAUCCUCAUGGGCAUGGGCUUCAGCAACACCCAGAGUCAACUUCUCAGUGCCCCACCUUACAUUAUGGCCGCAUUAUUUACGUAUUUAGGUGGCUGGUUCACUGAUAAAUAUCAAAUUCGCGGGCCGGUGAUUGCUAUUCAUCAACUUCUGACAGCGGUGGGGAUGUUGAUCACAGCUUAUGGCGGUGCAAGUGGGGCAAGAUACUUUGGGAUAUUCAUGGGUGUGGGAUUUCUACAGUUUUGUAUCCCCGGUGUGCUUGCAUUCCAAGCAAACAACAUUACUUCCCACUCGAAGCGAGGUGUUGCAUCAGCAACUUGUCUUAUUGGCGGAGGCCUUGGUGGUAUCAUUGCGAGCAUCGCGUUCAAGUUUGAUGAAAGUCCGCAUUAUACCACGGGUAUUUGGGUGACAUUUGGUAUUACAAUGGUUAGCAUAUGCUUAACCCUCAUGAUGGACUUUCACUUUUGGAAAACAAACAAAAAGGCCCGGGAAACAAAUGGUCAGAUCGAGGAUAUGACUGGAUGGUACUAUACUCUUUGA